CUCACAUGUGGCUACCGACCUAUCUCCCAUCCAGAAAUGGAUGCUACUUCUGUCUGAACUGAAAGCUCACGAUGGGAAUCAAAAACCCUCCCAAUUUUCCUCGUCGCCGAGGCUCCAACGAAUCCGAGGAUGAUUUCUUCGACAUCCCCGACGAACCAUGCUGGGCCAUAGUCAAGCGGCAAUUGAGACACUUUCGAACCUGGGUCUUUUUUGCCCUAUUCUUGAUUUUAAUCCUAUACCUUCGAAGUGAAGGGCCGCCGCCUCCGCCGCUACCGCAUGUUGACUUCGACCGGGUGGAUUGGACCCGCUACGCCUACAGCCAGUAUGCGACCUCUAGCGCCUAUCUUUGCAACGCCCUGAUGGUCUUCGAAGCCUUGGAUCGCUUCGGCAGUCGAGCUCAAAGGGUCUUAUUCUAUCCCGAGGACUGGGACGUGCUCGUCGACGGCGAUCGGGAUCGGGACAGCCAACUGCUGAACAUGGCGCGGGACACAUACAAUGUACAAUUGGUUCCGAUCGAUGUGCAAAUGAUCAAGGCCGGGGCAGGGCCCGAUGAGUCAUGGGAUAAAAGCAUAUCCAAACUGCUUGCCUUUGGAGAGACGGAGUAUGACCGUGUCAUCCACCUCGACUCCGAUGUCAAUCUACUCCAGUCAAUGGACGAGUUGUUCUUCCUCCCCUCGACGACAGUUGCGAUGCCGCGUGCGUAUUGGAGACUACCGGACGAAAAGCAGCUAUCAUCCCUAUUGAUCGUGAUCGAGCCUUCUUACCGCGAAUUCUCGGGCUUGAUGGAUGCAGCCCAGCCGGCCGUCCAUGGACAGGUGUUGACGAACCUAUCUUCGCCGACCCGAUAUGACAUGGAGCUGUUGAAUGACCGAUAUGGUGACUCGGCCCUGGUACUACCUCACCGGCAGUACGGAUUGAUCACCGGCGAGUUCCGCGCGCAGGACCACAAGCAUUUCUUGGGCAAUGACUACGAGACCUGGGAUCCGGAUAGAGUGCUCUCCGAGGCGAAACUGGUGCACUUCUCCGACUGGCCCCUGCCGAAGCCAUGGGUGAUGUGGCCGCAGAAAUUGCUGGCGGAAACGCUACCGAAGUGCCAGCACAAUCCCGGCACGCCCAAGGAGAGUGGAUGCCGCAACCGAGAAGUGUGGAGAAGGUUCUACGAUGAUUUCCGUCGGAGAAGAAGGGAUAUCUGCAGGCUUCUCAGCUAUCCGGCUUCUGAUGUGGGAGGAACCGAUUCCGACUCCGAUUCCAAUCCGAACCCGGAGCCGGAACCCGUCCCGCAAUAAUCUAAAUUUCUUUCAAUUUUUGGCGCAAAGGGUGGUGUUUGUGGAGUUUAGAACCCGGAUAUUCGGGAAGUCUGUUUAUAGUGACUGCAUUUCUGUAUCAUAAGAUAUCUUUGCCUAUAAAGACAAGCAUAUAUAUAUUCUAAA